GUGUUACCGGUUACGACAGCUCAGUGUAAACAGCCAUGGCUGCCCUGCGCAGACUUAUCCCCUCAUUCACUAACAGCUCCAAAACAGGAACGUUUACGGCGCGGAAACCACAAACGUCCUCACAAGCGGCAAAGGCGCUGAAAGUUAUCGCAGCCGGAGCGUGUGUCACCGCGGCAGCGGCGGCGGCCGGUGCUGCUUAUUACUACUGCUCGUUUGACGGUAGACGUUCCGGACUGAGGAGCCAUGUCGAGGCUCGACUCUUGCAUCUGGCGUUGCCGUCGGUUUCUGCCACCGAUAAGGUGAGGACCUAUGGUCUGGAUGAUGGAGAUGUGUACAUGUCGUCCUAUGAAAACAGAUUUCGCCUGUUCAGUUCGGUGGAGCAUGAGGGCCAGCUCUACAUGACUCCACUCAACUUCAUCGAAUCCGUCACUCUGAACGAACCAAAAAGUAGAAGAGGAUGGAAGUCACUCACAAAAAGGGAAUUAGACAAGAUGCUGGCUGAUACCCCACCUGUUUGGAAAGGAUCAUCUAAUUUGUUUAGGAAUCUUCGUGAACGAGGUGUCAUUAGUUACACAGAGUAUCUCUUCCUGCUCUGCAUUUUAACAAAGCCUCAUGCAGGCUUCAGGAUUGCUUUCAACAUGUUUGAUGCAGAUGGGAAUGAAAUGGUGGACAAAAGGGAGUUCCUGGUGCUGGAGGAAAUUUUCCGCAAGAAAAAGGAUAGAAAAGAAGUUAGUGAAGAUGUGCAAAGAUUGGACCAGCAGAUCCUGCAGCUUUACGGUCAUCGCAAAUCCCAGCCGCACAGUCACGUGGAUGAAAAAACGGAGACAACGCUGCUGGUUCACUUCUUUGGGAAAAAAGGCAAAGCUGAGCUGAAAUUUGAAGAUUUUUACAAGUUCAUGGACAACUUGCAGACAGAGGUGCUUGAGAUCGAGUUCCUCUCCUACUCCAAAGGCAUGCCCACCAUCAGCGAGGAAGACUUCGCUCGGAUCCUCCUUCGCUACACCAACGUGGACGACGUCAGCGGAUACUUGGAGAACGUGCGACACAGCAUGCCAGAUGAAAAGGGGAUCACCUUUGAGGAGUUCAGGUCCUUCUUCCAGUUCUUAAACAACCUGGAGGAUUUUACCAUCGCCAUGCAGAUGUACAACUUUGCCAACCGCUCCGUUGGUCAAGAGGAGUUUACCCGAGCUGUCUACGUGGCUACGGGCAUCAAGCUGACCCACCACUUGGUCAACACCGUUUUCAAGAUCUUCGACGAGGAUCAUGAUGGUAAACUCAGCUAUAAGGAGUUCAUUGGCGUCAUGAAGGAUCGGCUGCACCGUGGCAAUGGGGGAGUCAGAGUGGAGGAGAAGUUCACCUCUUUCAAGUCUUGCAUGAAGAAGGAGCUUUCAGGCAAAUAGGUGAAGAUCCCAACAUCGGUGCAUGUCUAAUGAACUGGACGAGCUUUGCCCCCUCUGUCCUCUCUAUCAGAGCAAAAGGGUUAAUGCAUGCUGCAGCAUCUUAUUGCACAGUGUUAGAGGUUUCAAAAUAAACAGGACAUGCCACAGACAGGAUGCGGUCAACCUAAUGCGAAGCCCUUGCAAGUGGUCAAACAAACACCAGUGACCCAUUAUGAACCCACCAAGAAAAUCCACUUAACUCGGUGUUGCAGGACCCUAAAUUGCACUAAUUCGUUUGUCUAAACACUUUUGACUGUUCAAAAAUAUUUACUGAUCCAUCGACUUGUAAAUAUUUAUCUAUCAGUUAAUUUAUCAGUUAAAGAUUGCUAACACUGAUUUUAUAUAUUUAUCUAAAAGUCAAAACAUUGUCUUAUCACUGCUUUGCCUGUGUGUAUUGUUCAGUUUGAUUCACCUUAUGUCCCAGGUUCGUUCUGUAUGACGGCAACAUUACUCACACACUUUGUCCUUUUGUCGGCUCUGCAGCCCCAUGCACAGAUCAGCUUAGGACAGCAGCACCUCCCCUCCCCCUUAUCCUCCCCCUCCUCCUCCUCCUCCUCUUUCCCAAAGCGCUGCAGCUAAAAUCCUCCAGGAUCCCCCAGAGCCAGCAGGCCUGAGCACUCACACUCAGUCUGUGGCUUUUUCACUGUUUAACUACUGGCAGCUAACAGUGUUAAUCAUUUCUUGGCUAGUAAACAGAAGUGCUAUUUUCAUGCCACUGGCAGGGAUGACCUCUUUUUAAAUAUGCAAAAUAUUGAAGCCAUAUGUUUGUUCCUCUCUUGGGACGCUCAGCUUAGAUGAGUGCUGGUCAAAUUACUGUCACUUGUACUACUUUGUGUUACUGAGGAAUUCUUGAUGACUGUUCUACACUGAUAAGAUGUUUGCUUUGGGUGGAGUUACCUACUGAAAAAGACAGAAGACAUCAACAUGUUCCACUCUCUACCAGACUGAUGUAUUUGUAUUUUAGACUACUUCCUCUUUAAUUGUCGAAUGCUUAGAUUAGUUAGUCUACCUCUUGAAGAGUUUUGCAAACCUCUCACCGUAUGUCAUUCUUUUAUCUAAGGCCUCGACUGCUGUUACACUGAUCUUACAGGGCAGAUGCAUUUAUAAUGACAUGGUGCAAUAAA